UCCCUUAUAAGCAACCAACAAUGUCAUGGGAUCCUCCGAUAAGAUCACAGACCAACGAGAAAUUCCUCUCCAACCUCAAGCUAGCUCUCAUUCAUGGCUGACAGCAAGAACAGCAAACCCACCGCAGAAGAAAAUGAAGAGGAGCGAGUUGACGAGAGGAAGUACUUCGAGAAGGUGCUCGACGACGUCGUGAGCCUCAACUCCCUCUUCACCGUCGCCGUCUUCGUCGGUCUCUCCCUCGCCCAGCCGGGCCAAGUCCAUAGCCUCGAGGACGACGACACUUGCCACCCGGACAUCAAGAUACGCAAGCGGCUUGUAGCCUUUGAGAUUGCCUCCUUCAGCUGCUUUGUCUUCUCCGGCUUCCUCGCCAAGACCGUCAAGAUCUUCCUCUAUAUCUACAAGAAGCGGGAUGGCUUGCCCGGCGGCGUCGUGAAGAACCCACACCGCCAGUGGAAGAGCCUUGUCGGGUUCUAUUUUUCGAUCUACAUGACCAUGGUCGGGUGCCUACUGCUGCUCCUGGCCAUGGUCGACGUCGUCCAGAUCAAGCUCGGCCGGCUCUCGUGCGACAGCGAGUUUGCAGUCAGCACUGUCUCCGUCAUGGUCGGCACCAUUGGCCUCAGCCUGCUGAUCUACUUCACUACAGUGACCUACGGCCUGGUGUUCACCGCCAAGAACGCGCCGCCCCAAGGCAAGGCGGCGGAGACCAGCAAGGGUGUUCCCGCCGCGGUUGGGAAGGUGUGACGAUGAGAGGCGAGAAGUUCAUUAGUAGGGCAAUCUAAAAUAUGGACUUAUCAUAUAACAUAUAUCCAGUAAGAUGAUAUAUCGUAGGUCCAUGUAUGUACGGUAUGUCUUAAGUGAAGGUGCUAUCUUCUCGUGCAUUCCAUGUUUAUUGCACGUCCUUCGAAUGAGUUUCCAUUUAAUAGUCGACAUUGAUUUACAGAAAUCAUACAUUAA